CUCAUUUUAUGAGGACAUUCGAUCUUAAUUUAGAGACGAAAGCUUUUCUACUGAGAGAAGCAUGAGAACUGGAAAGAUACAGAAUUUCUCAGACAACCCUAGUCUGGUAAAUUUGCAGGUGACAACACUCCGGUUUCUAUAGGUGAGGUUGUAGGUCAGGUGUGUGGGUGUGUCUGUAAACCCACACCCCUUUUUAACCAGAAACAUCUAGAGCACACUUUCAACAAGAGCACUGGCUGGUUCAGCUUCUUCUGAGAGGUUCUCUGGAAGACAUCAUGUUACACUCAGCUUUGGCCCUGUGCCUCUUAUUUAUCACAGUUUCUUCCAGCCUUGCCCUUGUAAUCAGAAAGGAAAAGAGACCUCCACAGACCCUGUCAAGAGGAUGGGGCGAUGACAUCACUUGGGUACAAACUUAUGAAGAAGGUCUCUUCCAUGCUCAGAAAAGUAACAAGCCAUUGAUGGUUAUUCAUCACUUGGAAGACUGUCAAUACUGCCAAGGUAAUUUUAUUUCUGAGAUCCUAUUAUAUGUCCAAUAUGAAGUAGAAAACGUGACUGAUAAGAGCAUCAUUUCUUUCUUCUUCUGCUAGCAUGAGACCACUGACAAGAAUUUAUCACCUGAUGGGCAGUAUGUGCCUAGAAUCAUGUUUAUUGACCCUUCCUUAACAGUCAGAGCUGAUAUAACUGGAAGAUACUCUAACAGAUUGUAUACAUAUGAACCUCAGGAUUUACCAAUAUUGAUAGAAAACAUGAAAAGAGCAUUAAGACUUAUUCAAUCAGAGUUAUGAAGUAUGAUGGAAAAUGUCUUUAAUUCUGAGGUCAAAUACCAUGAAGAAAACAUCUGACUCACUGACAAAACCUAAAUGUGCAAAUAUAUGGAUUUUGUAAUGCUAUUUAGAUUUUUUAAAUGUGUUUUAAAUAUUCUUGUGACAAUAUAAUGAUAUUUCAAUAAAUGUUGCUAAGACAUGAA